ACUGUACCGCAAUCGCCUGGAACUCGCCUCAUCGUCACUCUACUCUACUGGUAUCAUUAUGGCCCCAGCUCUCGCACCGCGCGAGAUGAGUUGGGAAACCAGAUUUGCUCUCAUCUACUCCGCACCCUUCUUGAUACUUUACGUGCUGGCCGUUUUAGGCAUACCAUUGAUCCGUUGGUUCAGCCAUCUCAACAGGAGAUCAGCAAACGGCUACGUCGACCCCUGCUGUAUGCCAUUUGAGAAGUGGGUCAGGACCUUCUUCACCGUCUUGUUUGGCCCCUGCUUGCUUCCUUUCUGGAUCUUGAAAUGCUGCUGGGAUGACCCUCCCUCCUGCUUCUACUGGUGUAGAAGGACUCGCGCUCAUCCUGCACACAACACUGCGGCCCCACCUGCAACCGAAGAGCCCGAAGUUAUCACCAACGUUACGCGGGUCGACGACAUCGAAGCUGUCGCGGCCGAAAGCAGACGUUCAGAGACGGCAAGCGACGAGCCAAAGCCGCCGCUGAUGGAAGUUCCUCCCCCGUACGCACGCUGACGAAGGUGAUUGUAGUAGUCGGACAAGUGCAAUGUUCCUUUGCAAUCGAAAAAUACCUUCAAUGACAUUGUAUGAAGAUCC